GAACGGAUAAAUUCGAAUUCAUCAGAUUCAGAUGAGCAGAGUGAGUCGUCCACGUCAGAUAGCGAUGAAUCUGAUGGAGAGUCUGAUGAUGAUAACAUUAAGGUCAAAAGGGAAGCGGAAACGUCCGAAGAUGACGAUUCAGAUGAAGAAGAUAACGAGCGUGGUCUUAUAUGCGCGUUGUGUUUGAAUCAACGUGAAGCGGUUAGAAAUGAAGAGGUGAUUCAGUGUGAUCGGUAA